AUGUCAGAACACGAAGGAACAGGCUCGGGUUCGGGUUACAACACCCCGGUUCCGGAACUUGACGAUCACCGGAACCAAAUUGGUUCUACACAAAGGCCCGAACGCGCUCGUCGCGGUACUGUCGAUACCUUGUAUGGUUCCCGCCAGCACUUACAGCCCACCGCCCCCUAUUCGCCAUCCGAUGUAAGAGUCCGCGACUUCGAGGAAGCUGUCCUUGACGAGGACGACGGGAGCGUGUCUCCCAUGGCAUCCCACAGCCGCCGGCCAACCUUCAACUCUACAAAUGAACAGCCACGUGGUGUAUCUCCCCCGAACUCGGUGAAGGCCUUUGCCGAAGCUCGACGCCGAGAGCGUGGCUUCUCUAUAGACGAUCGGGCCCAGAAGCAAGAGGAAGACGAUGCACUUCGCCGAACUUAUUCUUCUGUUAGCCGCAGUAGCCAUGCGAGCCAACGCUCUAGACGUAGCAGGCCUGGCACCUUCGUUGCUGAUGAUGCGGCUAGCUUAGCGACGAAUAAGACCGCGGAGGAAGAUGUAUGCUUCCCUGUACAAGACGAACACCGCCGAGACCAAUUGCAUAUUGAUUUCGACUACCUCGAGAACUUUGUCGCAUCUGAGAGUGCAGCUCGCAGGGAGAGUCUUGUAGCUCAGGGGGCGAUUCGGGUAUUCCCUAAUCUGAGACCAAGUUCAGCGACCCCCCCACCUUUACCGAUGGUUACCGUUGACGGUGAUUACAUCAAUCUUCCAUCCGGGUCCUCUGAUACCGAUCCGGAGAAGACAGCCGACGCUCCAGGACCAGCAUCGAAGCCAGCCGAUAAAGAACAUCUCGAUCCCAAUCGGUUCAGUUUCUUCUCUUCUGCCUGGGAAUCAACUAUCCAUGCUGCCGAAUUUGGUGACCUCGUCUUACCGGGCGAGGAUCUACGGGGUCUGUUCUCGUUUCCUCGUGAUGAACCAGAUGGUGUUUGGUGGUUAAAUGUCAAUCAGCCGACCGAAGAAGAAGCUCGGACCUUAUGCAAGGCCUUCGGGGUGCAUCCAUUGACCAUUGAAGAUAUCACGACCCAAGAAGCACGCGAAAAGAUUGAGAUCUUCCCCUCGUAUUACUUUGCUUCUUUCCGGUCCUUCAAUGUCGUCGAGGACGAUGAUGGCCCUGAUUAUGAGCCUUAUAACAUUUAUGUUGUUGUUUUCCGCCAGGGCACACUGAGCUUCAGCUUCUCUCCGAAUAGCCACGCCUCCCAUGUCCGCAAGAGGAUCUCGAGCCUAAAAGAAUAUGUUUCUUUGAGCAGCGAUUGGAUUUGCUAUGCCCUAAUCGAUAAUAUUGUCGAUUCGUUUGCUCCUGCAAUCCACCGAAUUGAAUUGCUCACAGAAUCUAUUGAGGACUCGGUUUUUGUUGCUCGCCCCGAUGAUCAGCACAUGUUUCUACGCAAAAUUGGUGGUGUCCGCAAGAAUACCCUUGCUCUCAUGCGAGUCCUCGGGGGCAAAGCCGACAUCCUCAAGGGCUUCACGAAGCGUUGCAAUGAGGAUUACAAGGUCACUCCGCGCAUGGACAUAGCUAUGUACCUCGGUGACAUCCAGGACCACGUCGUCACCAUGAUGACAAAUCUGACCCAUUUUGAGAAGAUCUUGUCCCGGGCUCAUAGCAAUUACCUGGCCCAGCUCACCAUCGACAGCAUCACGCAAGGAACCAGAACCAACGAAGGUCUCAGUAAGAUUACCUUCCUAGCCUCCAUCAUCGUUCCUCUCAACGUGGUCACGGGGUUAUUCGGGAUGAACGUCAAGGUCCCCUUCAUGGAUGAUAACAAUACGAAUGCGUUCUUUGUCAUCCUAGGAAGUCUGAUCUGCUUCUGCGCAGCCUGCAUGAUGGUGGCGCGUAGGAUGCGGCUUAUCUAG